CAUUGUUUCUUUCUGUAUGGGCAAGAGGACAAUUAGUAAAUUAUUUUGCUAUUCAAAAAAAAUGUACUAUCGAGAAAAAUAAUGCAUAAGAGAAACGGAUAGCAGGUUAUUUAUCCAGAGACCAAGACAAUUUACAACUUCACCGUAUUUCUCAUUGGUUAAUCAAUCAGAGGUCAAAGUUUAUUUUCCGGUAAAGGCUGUGUAGAGUUACCAUGGUAAUAUAAAGUUUAGGAAACGCAUCGCGACAACAUCAGCUAUACCAUCACGAAAAAAUUGAAUAAGAUAUAGCCAUAGUCAUGUUUGAACUAGUAACAAAUCCGAAAUGUAUUGACUAGCUUGACAGCCAGCUAAAGUUAGCUAAAAGCUCUAACUAUAUUGAGUAAAUUCAAUUUGACGAAGCAUUACUAAAAUGUCAGAGAAGAAAAAAGGAAAGGUCACAGAAAGCGAAGAGGAGGGGAAUUUGCAAGUAUCCUACAUUUUCCCAAAUGGUGACAGAUAUGGAGAGUGCUGCGGGUCCACAGAGGGAGUCGUGGUGAGGCGUGGUAUGGGCAAACACACCUCAGCCAGUGGUGUCACCUACACUGGAGAGUGGCAUGAUGACAAGAUGAAUGGCAGAGGGACUCUGGAGCAUCCCUCUGGGGCCCUGUAUGAAGGGGACUUCAAAGACAACAUGUAUCAUGGCACAGGGACAUACAGCUUCUCUGACGGGACCAAAUACUGCGGCAGCUUCAGCAAGAACAGGUUGGAAGGUGACGGGGAGUUCACUGACUCUCAGGGACUUGUUUGGAUUGGAGGCUUCCACAACAAGGCAGCUCCUGGAUUGAAACUUAAACUCAGCAUGUGACCCAUGACAUAAUGUGAGAUAACAUAACUCUAAUUUCUCUUACAUUUAUGAACAUUUAUUGAAUAUAGAUUUAAAAAAAUAUAUAUAUAUAUUCAAAAGAACAAAAUUAGACUCCAGUAAGAGAUUUUAAUGGCACCAAAUGAAAUGAAACACACAAUGUCCUUGUUCUUCACAUAACACUCCUGCAGUGACACCUGGUCUCUUUUACUUGUAGGAAAUACUUUAGUAGUCAGCGUAUGACAGUGUGGUGAACACACCUCAUGGCACCGUGCAAUGACUGAGUCAUUGCUUUGAGUCACACAGCCAAGAGUCCUCUUUGGAGGUGCUGAAACACAGUCUGUGUGUGUGUGUGGCUGUGUAAGCCUCAGUUAACCAACAGUGUUAAGCUAAAGCUAUUUCUACUAUAGUUUAUUUGGAAUCUUUUAACUCUUCAUAAACAGCGUACAAAUCUAGAUCGGUGGAGGAAUCCAUCAAUGUUCUGUUUCUUGAACGCCAACAAGAAUGUCUCUUUACUCCCACUGAUGUCACUAUAAUGUGUGUGUGGUAUAAUUUAUAUAGUUAUUUUGCUUAAUGUCUGCAUCUGCUGUUAACUUUGUUCAACAAAUUCAGUUAUGUGAUGAAUUCCUCAAUAAGAUGUGUGGUGGUUAUGUCCAUAAGUGUUUUCAGUAAAUCAUCAAACAUCUGCUGAGAGCAUAGAACUGUGUUUCCUUUUCUUUCGUAGUUGCAUAUUUUGAGUAAUGUCUUUUACAUUUAACUUUUUUUUUUACCCCUCUGACUAAACAAGCAGAGGUCAGAGCAUCGCCUGGCCUUGUCCAUUUGUUGUUCACAGAUAUGGGUCCUUCCCCCUCCAACCCAAAGCUAGCCUAGAGUGCUGGGGGUGGUUUGUAUGAUGGGAGGUAGCAUGGCGCAUGUACUGCAUCACCCAACCAGCGUAUCAGAUCGGUGGAGAAUAUUCCCAUAUGCUUAUUAGGGUAGUACAGCACUCCACAAACACACAAAGAAUCAGAACAUUGUUUACAGGAAGGCCUUGAUUUGUGGGAAUAGUAUGCUCUUCAUUGAAACACACAUCCUUUUGUUGAGCAUCUGAACUAGCUUUUCAUCCCCAGUGGACCUGUGCUGCAGCCUUCCAAGCACAAGGCCAGAACUUGUGACACUGGUAACAAGGCUAUGCUACAUAAGGAGAGGCAACACACACAACUUCCUGUUUUCUUGGAAGACCGCAAGCUGUGGAAGGAGUGAUCAGUUCUGAGAUUUGAGAAACUGUGCCCGCUGGCAUCAUAAGGCACGUAGUCCUCUCCUGCAGUCAAUGACCAAAAGUGCCGUUAUUAAUAUUUUUUAUAAUUUCAUAAUUAAUAACAUUUUUUUUAAUAAAACUGAUGGAAAGCCUGUGUUUCU